GCAGGAAAAAAAAACAGUAAAGUAUAUUUACAAAGGACACACGUAAGAGUAUAGUUUCCUACAUUGCGACACCAAGUUGAGCGAUAUGACCCAAACCGGUUGAAAUAGCCAGCUAUGCUUUCUGGGUAAAGUGCGCUGCGGUAUCCGCCCAUAUUCGCUGAAGGAGGCCAACCUGAGCAGCGAGGCCGGACGCCGGAUCAAAUGGAAAGUUCAAUCGAUUAAUUUGCCUACUUUUUUCACAAGUUUCACCGCUCGCUUCUGUCACGAGGUGGUCCGAUUUAAAUGCGGGAGCUUCGGUGUGAAAUAGGAAAUGCAGAGAUCGUGUGAAACGAGAGGAUUAUCAGCUUGACUUAUUCGGUCGCUACUUCGGACGCGGAACUGCACUCGUUGAACGGUGAAUCAUGACAGAGUAUAAGCUGGUAGUUGUGGGAGCUGGUGGCGUUGGCAAGAGCGCACUUACUAUUCAACUCAUCCAGAACCACUUUGUGGAUGAAUAUGACCCCACCAUUGAGGACUCCUACAGAAAGCAGGUGGUGAUCGAUGGAGAGACGUGUCUGCUGGACAUCCUGGACACUGCAGGUCAGGAGGAAUACAGCGCCAUGAGGGAUCAGUACAUGAGGACAGGGGAGGGUUUCCUCUGUGUCUUUGCCAUCAACAACACCAAGUCCUUCGAAGACAUUCACCACUAUAGAGAACAGAUAAAGCGGGUGAAGGACUCCGAGGACGUCCCUAUGGUGUUGGUGGGGAACAAGUGUGACCUCCCGUCCCGGACUGUGGACACCAAGCAGGCUCAGGACUUAGCACGCAGCUACGGCAUUCCCUUUAUCGAGACCUCGGCCAAAACCAGACAGAGAGUGGAAGAUGCCUUUUACACUCUGGUACGGGAGAUCAGGCUGUACCGGCUCAAUAAGUUCAGCAAGGAAGAAAAGACUCCGCGCUGUGUCAAGCUUAAAAAGUGUGUUGUGAUGUGAACGGGGGUGUUGAUGAUGCCUUUUAUACAUUAGUGAGAGAAAUCCGGAAGCAUAAGGAGAAGAUGAGCAAGGAGGGUAAAAAGAAGAAAAAGAAGUCCAAGACAAAGUGUACCCUUAUGUGAAUACUCACCCCUUUUCAAGACAGACUAAAACAGAACUAUGUUGAACAGUUAAAGUAAUACAUUUUGUACAUUACACUAAAUUAUUAGCCUCUUUCUCUCAAUACCCACCAUACUGAAUACUAAACCUGACCCCUUUCUGCCUUUCUAUUGCUCCCCGGACACCAAUAUGCUUUAUUUCCAGUUUAGUGCCAGUUGCCCACAUGUGUUGGUCCAACCGUUUGAUGUCAUUGGAUGAAUUUACAUUUUUUUUUUUUUUUGUGUAUAAAUACCUAAUAGAGCUCAAAGCUAAUUGCAUCACAGCUCAUGUUUUGAUAAUUGAUUAUGCUUAUUAAGUCAUGACCCGUACAAGGUGUGUAAUGCCCUUUUUAACUUUGGGAUGCCAAAGAAUGAAUUUUCAUCUGAUUGUCAUGGACACAACGGGUUGGAGGGAGGGACCAGCAUUCAGCCAGAUGAGAUCCAGACGUCCCAGCCACCUUGUGAUGGUCUCCUAGGUAUGAUGACUUGACACGGAUUAGUAUGCAUGCAAACCCCUCUCCUAAUAUUUUAACAACCUAAAUAGCUAUUAAUUAAUUUUCAAUUUGUCAAUGCGUUGUACUUUGUGGGGAGUGAUUUCUUGCCUUCAUGAGAUGUCUUUUUCUUUUUCUAUUUUUUUGCAUGCAAUGUCGUGGACAACAUGAGUAUUGCAAACGUCCUCUGAUGAUGCAUUUAACAGAGCCAGCAUUUUACUUUGUUUUCAGGCUUAUAUAGUAAGUAGAGUAAGUAAUCAUUACUUGCUUUUGUGAGUAGCAAAUCUGCCAUUUUAGCUCCGCUAACGACAAAUUCAGAGUAACAGAUUUUUGGACUAUAGAACAAGGGCCAGUGCCAUUUCAUGUUGCAGGGACUCGUGCCUCAUGAUCGCUUCUACCAAGCAGCUCUUUGGCCCUCGAUGGCCAAACUUUGCCCGCUUUCUCUGAGGCUCCACUGCAGGAUUGUUUAAUUUAUCCUCCAUGUUGCUAUUUGUCACAAAACAGUUGAGUUCUCCUGUCGACCUCCUCGUGAUGGAGGGUCAUAGUUGAACAGUCUGAGGACCGUUAGUCAGCUCUCGAGUCAACGUUUCUUCAGUUGGAGGCUUGGUGGUGCUCCAGUAGCAAUAGUGUCCUGUCUUGCACAUUUUUUCCUAAGCUGUGGACUGGCUAGAGAGCAGGAAAGCAUCUUUUCAGCUGCUUUCAGGAACAUUUCUCUGUGUGGUGUCAUGGAGGUUGUUUAAAAAAAAUGUUUUCCAAAUGGAUUUUCAGUUUCUUUUCAUCCAGUUUUAGGAUUCUUUUUUUUUUUUUUUUUUAAGUGUUGAAAUUGUUUGGGCUGCCUUUCAACAGAAAUGAUUGUCCAGCAAGGUAAUUUGUAAUUUUCUCUCGCAAAGCUUGUUUAUCGUGGUGGUGUAACUGGAACUGAACUUUGUAAAUGAGGCCAUAAUUGCCGUAAAAUUGGUUUUUAGACACAAUUGUCUUUAUAUUAAAAAGUCCCAGCUUCGUUCCCAGGUCAACGAUAUCAUCGUCUUUGCAAGCUGUUCCCGGGGUUCUUUAUUUGCCUGUUAUGUUUGCAUUAGAUGCUCCAUGUAGACGGCAGAAAGACAAAAUGCCGUUCCAGCAGAGCUAUUGAUACAGAAAAUCCACACAUUAUAAAUUUUAGGAUUAAUGAAUUUUGACUGUUUAUCAUUACCUCUUUUUUCCAUUUAGUAGAUAACUGUUUAUGCAAUUCUAAUUGUGGAACCCUCUCGUUAACCCAACGGUUUCAAAAGUAGUUUUACUGAAAUGUUUGAAUUGUUCCUCUUCCUUUUGAUUGCGUGCCAACAGCUAAUUUCUGAAAUGUAUCAUUUAUACCUGGAUCAUAUUUUAACAACAUUUGUAUAGUUGUGAUACUGAAGGGUGCAUAUUUUGUAAAUUGUGCUUGAUUCUGUUGGUGUGUCUAAAUGAAUGUUGCUUUAAAGGAGUUCCACUCCCUCUGUGUAUGUGAUUAGAGUGUGUGACUGGGUCCAGGUCUAGGGAAGUGAAUGAAUGACCACUUUACAACACACCUGUUGUGGGCAGUGCACAGUGGUGAUCUGAUCUCACACGAGUCUAUUUUUGCCAUGAAUCUCACCACUCCUAUUUAAUGUGUAUUAAAGAACAAAGUAAAGAGGAACUUAAUUUUGUCUUUCUUUCUGAAAUUAUCUUU